CGACUUUCGUCAAUUGAUGUGCGCCCGUUGCAACAAUCGCUCUCCAUAUACAUUGCCGGGCGCCGAAAUUCACCAGAACUCUCAAUUGCAGCCGUCCUCACCUUUCCAUCAUCUUGCGUGCAUCUACAUACAGCCUUGGAUAGCUCCCACCGCACUAGCCUACCAUGUCGAAGCUCUCCCCAGCGCUCAAACAACUCAUAAACGCCGCGCACGCGCGCCCCGGCCCCGUUCCGGCACCACCCAAGAUCCAAUCCGUCUUCUCGAAAAUCGAACGCGAAGCCACAGGCCGCCAGCUCGGGCGCCCCUCAUGGCUCGCCGUCAGCACCGCGGCAACAAUGACCAUGAACUCGCCCGAGUCAAUGGAAGCCCUGUUCCACAGCACCACGCAAUCGAAAUCGCAGGAUGAGAGUGUCCAGGUAGCGGAGUUUAUGCGUGAGGUCGCGCUGAAGUGUAUUGGGUUCAAUGGCAUCCCACGAACAAUCAAUAUGCUGAACGCCUUCCGCGCCUCGCUCCCGCAAGAUGUCUACGCGAAACUCAACACAACGCCAACGCGCUACCCUGACGCAUCGAACAUCGAACAGAUCAACCAGCGCGGGCGCGGUCUCUGGGAUAAGAUCUACCGCCCGCUAAACGAGAAACUUGAGGCCAAGCUGGGGGAAGCACACCCCGACCUCCCCGUUUUCAUCAUUAACAAUGAGUACGGCGGUCUUUUCACGGAUCCCGAGCGCUCGACUGGCGCGAGUGUGGGACGGAUCACAACGAGCUUGAUUGCUAUCACAUGUCUGAGGGCACAGCAGGGUGUAGGACCGCAGGUUUUGAGUCACGUGUUUGGAUUGAGGAAGGCGCUGGAGGAUGGGAGUUGGAAGGACGAGCCAGCUGCUGGGUCAGAGGAGGCGAUUCGGUGGCUGGCGAGUGAUGAGGGAUGCACAUGGGUCCUGGAGAAGACGGACGAGCUUGUUGGAGCGCUGGGAGGUGCGCAAGGGAGCACUUUUGCCCCAGUCAAGGCGAAGCUUUGAGUGUGAGUUGAGAUUGAGAUGAAGAUCAUGUUGUAUAUAAGUGCUAUUGACGUUUGCUAGCAUCUGGACCAGUUAUAGAGAAACGAAUGUACAUGCCAUGUCAAGUUUGUGUAA